CAGCCACUUUGUAACAUUUGUCUUGGAGGAUUUUAAUGCACUCAACAGCUUCAAGUCGACCACAUCAGCAACUAAACAAUAAAAAGUGCUGAAGCAGAAACAAAACAUGACUUCAUAACUUAAAUGAUCCAUUCACUGAACAGAAUUACAAUCAGCCGGUUUAUAUCCAGCUGGAGAAUGUGAAAAUUCAGAAAACGUUCUAUCUGUGGUCCAGUAGAACUUCCUGGAGGUGAAAGUCUCUGACGCUGGGUUCUUCUUGUUAAAGCUGGAUAGACCUGUUUAUAAACACUACCAGUCUAAAGUUUGGACAUUUCUAAGUGACCUUAAACUUGAGGAGUAACAGGAUGUAAUAAUAAUAAUGGAUUAGAUUUAUAUAGCGCUUUUUUGGCCACUCAAAGCGCUUCACAAUGGAUCCAUUAUUCAUUCGCUCACACAUUCUCACUCUGGUGGUGGUAAACUACAUUUGUAGCCACAGCUGCCUUGGGGCAGACUGACAGAAGCAUGGCUGCCAAUCCGCACCUACGGCCCCUCUGACCACCACCAACAUUCACACACCAGUGUGAGAGCAGCACUGGAGGCAAGGCGGGUAAAUUGUCUUGCCCAAGCACACAACAGCACAUGACUAGGUCAGAGCGGGAAUCAAACCACCGACCCUUUGAUCAUUGGACGAUCCGCUCUACCACCUGAACCACAGCCGCCCUCUUUAUUUGUUAAAGUUGCUCUAAAAUGAGUUGAAGUUGCUCUGUGUGUUCAAGUUGCUUUAUAUGAGUUAAAGUUGCUCUGUAUCAGUUAAGGUUGCUCUAUAUUAGUUAAAAUUGCUCUAUAGUUGUUAAAGUUGCUCUAUAUUAGUUAAAGUUGCUCUAAAAUGAGUUGAAGUUGCUCUACAUGUGUUCAAGUUGCUCUAUAUUUGUUCAAGUUGCUCUAUAUUUGUUCAAGUUGCUCUAAAUUGAGUUGAAGUUGCUCUACAUGUGUUCAAGUUGCUCUAUAUUUGUUAAAGUUGCUCUAAAAUUUGUUAAAAUUGCUCUGUUUUAGUUACAGUUGCUCUAUUUUAGUUAAAGUUGCUCUACAUUAGUUAAAUGUAAGUGAUGGAGAUGAUGGAGGUGAUGAAGAUGAUGAAGGUGAUGGAGGUAAUGGAGGUGAUGGAGGUGAUGGAGGUGAUGAAGGUGAUGGAGGUGAUGAAGGUGAUGAAGGUGAUGGAGAUGAUGAAGGUGAUGAAGGUGAUGGAGGUGAUGGAGGUGAUGGAGGUGAUGAAGGUGAUGGAGAUGAUGGAGGUGAUGAAGAUGAUGAAGGUGAUGGAGGUGAUGAAGGUGAUGAAGGUGAUGGAGGUGAUGGAGGUGAUGAAGGUGAUGGAGGUGAUGAAGGUGAUGGAGAUGAUGAAGGUGAUGAAGGUGAUGAAGGUGAUGGAGGUGAUGGAGGUAAUGGAGGUGAUGGAGGUGAUGGAGGUGAUGAAGGUGAUGGAGAUGAUGGAGGUGAUGGAGGUGAUGGAGGUGAUGGAGGUGAUGAAGGUGAUGGAGAUGAUGAAGGUGAUGGAGGUGAUGGAGAUGAUGAAGGUGAUGAAGGUGAUGGAGAUGAUGAAGGUGAUGGAGAUGAUGGAGGUGAUGGAGAUGAUGAAGGUGAUGGAGGUGAUGAAGGUGAUGGAGAUGAUGAAGGUGAUGGAGGUGAUGGAGAUGAUGAAGGUGAUGGAGGUGAUGAAGGUGAUGGAGGUGAUGGAGAUGAUGAAGGUGAUGAAGGUGAUGGAGAUGAUGAAGGUGAUGGAGGUGAUGAAGGUGAUGGAGAUGAUGAAGGUGAUGGAGGUGAUGGAGGUGAUGGAGGUGAUGAAGGUGAUGGAGGUGAUGAAGGUGAUGGAGGUGAUGGAGAUGAUGAAGGUGAUGGAGGUGAUGAAGGUGAUGGAGAUGAUGAAGGUGAUGAAGGUGAUGGAGGUGAUGGAGGUGAUGAAGGUGAUGGAGGUGAUGAAGGUGGUGUGACAGCUCCUCUCUCAAGGCUCUUUAUCCAGCCUGACCCAGGUUUCUUCUCCAGAGAAUGUCAGUGAUCUUCAGCAGUGGCCUGGUUCUCUGAAUAUCCAGACAAGCAGCUGCUGGAACUCAGAGAUGUUCUACCAGGAACCAGUAAACACAGCUCACCUUAUUUUCCUGUUUCCUGUCGACGCUUCUCCGGCUGCAGAUCCACCAUGCUCUGUUGUUCUGAGAACCUUCUGCUGCUGCUUCAUCUCCAGAUGGUCGUCAUGUUUGGAGGACAACAACUGUUCUGAGCUUCCUCUCCUCUGGCAGCCGUCUGUCGUCUCCAGGUUUCAUCAUGAUGCUGAAUAAUUACAGAACCAGAACCAGCUGACUGGUAGAGCAGCUGAUGGACCUGAUGGACGACAGCAACAUGUUUAUCUCUCCACGCUGAAUAAGCAGAAAUUUGGCAGCAAUAGUGUCACUAAAAAACCCAGUAAAUACAUAAAAAAUAACGAGAAGCUGUAAAGUUAAAAACUGAAAAAAUGACAGGAAAUAUUUAUAAAAUUAUAUUUGUAGUUGAUUUAAAUCCAGUGGAACAGUUUUAGAUUGUUGAUGUGGACACUAUUUAUAGUUUUUAGUUCUAACCCAGAAACCAU